CAGUAAGUAGCAGUAGUAUAUAUAGAAAGAGAGGCACAAAUGUCUUGCUCUCAUCUUCGCUUGCUUUCUACGCUGCUCUUUUGCGGGAGAGCUUCAGGCGGUCGAUCCUAACAGUUUGUUGUUCAAAUUCCAAAAUGGGGAAGGAGAAAGUUCAUAUUAACAUUGUGGUCAUUGGCCACGUCGACUCUGGAAAGUCGACCACCACUGGUCAUUUGAUCUACAAGCUUGGUGGUAUUGACAAGCGUGUGAUUGAAAGGUUUGAGAAGGAAGCUGCUGAAAUGAACAAACGUUCAUUCAAGUAUGCCUGGGUGUUGGACAAGCUCAAGGCUGAACGUGAGCGUGGUAUUACCAUAGAUAUUGCGUUGUGGAAGUUUGAAACCACUAAGUACUAUUGCACGGUUAUUGAUGCUCCUGGACAUCGUGAUUUCAUCAAGAACAUGAUCACUGGUACUUCACAAGCUGACUGUGCUGUCCUUAUUAUUGACUCUACCACUGGUGGUUUUGAAGCUGGUAUUUCAAAGGAUGGGCAGACUCGUGAGCAUGCUUUACUUGCCUUCACUCUCGGUGUCAGGCAAAUGAUUUGCUGUUGCAACAAGAUGGAUGCUACGACCCCCAAGUACUCAAAGGCGAGGUAUGAUGAAAUUGUUAAGGAGGUGUCUUCUUAUAUUAAGAAAGUGGGUUACAACCCUGAUAAGAUCCCUUUUGUCCCUAUCUCGGGCUUCGAGGGUGAUAACAUGAUUGAGAGGUCUACAAAUCUUGAUUGGUACAAGGGCCCAACUCUUCUUGAGGCUCUUGACAUGAUCACGGAGCCCAAAAGACCAUCAGACAAGCCUCUCCGACUCCCACUUCAGGAUGUUUACAAGAUUGGUGGUAUUGGAACUGUCCCAGUUGGACGUGUUGAGACUGGCAUUAUCAAGCCUGGUAUGGUUGUGACCUUUGGACCAACUGGGCUGACAACUGAGGUUAAGUCAGUUGAGAUGCAUCAUGAAGCUCUUCCAGAGGCUCUCCCAGGUGACAAUGUUGGCUUCAACGUUAAGAAUGUUGCUGUGAAGGAUCUCAAGCGUGGAUUCGUUGCUUCCAACUCUAAGGACGAUCCUGCCAAGGGGGCUGCCAGCUUCAACUCUCAAGUCAUUAUCAUGAACCACCCUGGUCAGAUCGGAAAUGGCUAUGCCCCAGUUCUUGACUGCCAUACCUCUCACAUUGCAGUCAAGUUUGCUGAGCUCUUGACCAAGAUUGACAGGCGAUCUGGAAAGGAGAUUGAGAAGGAGCCCAAAUUCUUGAAGAAUGGUGAUGCUGGUAUUGUGAAGAUGAUUCCCACCAAGCCAAUGGUGGUGGAAACUUUCUCUGAGUACCCUCCUCUUGGUCGUUUUGCUGUGAGGGACAUGCGUCAAACGGUUGCUGUUGGAGUCAUAAAGAGUGUUGAUAAGAAGGAUCCCACCGGAGCCAAGGUCACCAAGGCUGCAGCUAAAAAGGGUGCCAAGUGAAUUUUGUUUCUUUGGAGAUUCUUGAUGGAUGAACUAGUUUCUGUUAUUUGUUUUUCUUAUUUUCGAUUUUGUUUUGGUCAUUUUAGCAGUUUUGAGUACGACUCUAGAAAUUUUCGUCACAUAUCUCUAGCCUCACUUGUGGGGAUAGUGGAGGAAUCGAGCAACAUGAUCUUUGAAUCAUGUUGCUUGAUAGGCAGUGGUGGAAUUUCUGGUAGUCAUUUGUUGUCUUGGGUUACAAAACAUUAAUGAGUCAGUGUGGUUCAUGGUUAUUAAACAAUUUUAGUUUAUUGUGAACUUCUAAAAUUUUAAUUUGCUGUGAUAUUUUUAAAAAAAAGCUUUUUGGUCUGUCUUCUCUUCAUCCAAUCUGAUAUUUAAUCAUUUCCUACUGGGAUUAUGAUUCUGCUUCUUGUGGCACCUAAUGCUUAGAUGUGCCUCGUGUGUUUGUAACUGGUGUCAUGGAUAUUUUCUGGGGAUUUUACUACUUGUUUUUGCAUGUUCAAAAAUUUUAGGUGACGGACAUGAUUACCCAG